AAAAGAUCUGAGGAAUUUUGUCAUUUUACUGUAUAAAUCAGUUAGUAUUUCAUCAUUUUACGAUGACCGGUUGAAAUUAUUUAUAUUUAAAACAUGAGCAAUCCAAGCUGGCCAAACAGAACUAUGGACAUCAAACCAUUUAUGACCAAGUACACAUCUGAUGAUUCAGAUAAAUUACAACUAAGAGCAAACAAUGGAAUCCGGAGUAACAAGUACCUACCUGUAGAUUAUGAAAAACUCAAACUUAUGGCAACAGAGAAAAAAUUUGCAGCACAGAAGAGUCUACUUAAAGUGAAGAAAAUUGAACAAAUGUCUAAACAGAGUAAAGAAAACCUUCUCUUAAAACAACACAAACUAGUCUGGCAGAAGGAAUUUAUGAGGCUGAACAACUUACGUAAGCGGAUUCAAUCAGAAGUUGAGAGUCACCGCCGACAGAACGCCACAGAAGGAAGUGGUUGCUGCCGAAUUUUUGAACACUUUGAUCUCUUUGAAUCAUCUUUAGAUGAGGAGUUUGUUAAGUUUAAGCAGAAUACCUGUGAACCAGUGUGGAAUUUAAGGGAAGACUUACAGUUUUGGAUACAGGACAACCACGAAGGAAUCAGGUUGGGGGAUCCAGAAGUGGUGGAGAAGCAUGCUGAGAUCCGCCAAACGAUAAACCAUGUCAAAGGUCAACAGAACAGUGUCCUACAGCAGCUGUACAAUGAACAAAAAUGUCUGGAGGGGGAACUACAAACAGGAUUUCUGUGGGAAAUAACUCAUGGUGGAUCAGAGACACCUCACAUUGACUUUGCAGAGGGGAUUCCUGAAGAAGCAUUUGACCUUGAAUGUUCAGAUGAUGAACUCAAGGUCACAGUGUUACAAGAAUUCAUUAUUAUUGAUCAGAAAUUCAGAGAGAGACUUCACUUCCUAGAAGAUGAACAUUCCAAGAUAUUAAGUAAAGGUCUACAUGGGGGCUGGAGUGAUGAGGAUCAUUUCUGUUUUUUGGCAAAUUACGAACAAUAUCCUAGGGAACUCAAUAACAGGAGAAAGCUGAUCCUAGACAGACUGAGGCGCCACCUACCACACAAAGCCAGGCAUGAGCUCGUUGCACAUGAGGAAUGGUGUGAGGCAAACAAGUAUUUUCAUGAGCGUAAGCGAGCACUGGUGGUAGCAUGGAGGAAGGGUCGAGCCGAGCUCCUUAAUAAAGCUCGCAGUACAUUUAUUGAGGUGGAGAUUGCUAAAGAGCUGGCGGAAGUAAAAGCCGAGUACAACCGACAGCAGAAAAAGAUCCGAGACGAACUUUACGAGAAGAUCAGACAGUGGAGAGAACAGAAAAUGGAAGCCAUGAUGUUACAACAGAAGAUUGAUGAGAGAAAGAGAGAAGAAGUUCAGGAGGAACUCAGACUUGAGAUGGAAAGAGAGAAGAAAAGACGAGCUCAUGAAAAAGAUCAGAUUCAAAAGUUUGCUACUGAAAAAUUGGAGAAAAGAAGACAACAAGAUUUACGAGACCAGGAGAGGAUGGAAGAGCUGAGGAGACGAAUGGAGGAACAAGCUGUAAUUGACAAAGAGAGAAUAGAGUAUCGUAAAGAGCAGUUGGACAAAAAGAUAGAGGAAAGAAAGAUAAAAGAAGAACAAAAAGCAGAAGAAGAGAUAGAGAAAGAAAGAAGACUGGAAGCCCUGAGGGAACAGGUCAGAGUGAUUGCUGAAAGUGACCCAGUUAGAAUGAUGGCAGAUACUAAGGCAUGGCAAGCUAAGAAUGAGGAGGAUGAAGAAGUAAACAUCAAUAAGCCAUUGUUUGCUAUCAACACAUUUCAUUCUAAACAGAUCACUAAGGAUCCUCGGAUGCGACUGGAGGCAAAAUUGAGAGAAGCUGGCCUUCACGACUCCCCGUAUGCCAGACAGGUGAUGGCGGCCGUACCCCCACCACAACCUCCCAGGAGGGACAUGGAGUCCACUGUCUUCAAGUACGACUGAAAAAGCUGGAAAAAUCGACAGAUUAUUGCCAGAAGCUUUUAACAUACAAAGCCAGUGGUCUUGAUAGCUCCAUAAAGUGGGAAAACAACUGAUUCACAUAUAUGACCACAAUAUACUGUUUCUGCUUCAGUAAUUUAUUUUUAUUUGAAUUUCUUGAAUUCAUGUCUUGCUUAAACAUGUUUAAUUGAUAAACAAAUUGAAACAUAAUUUAUAAA